AUGGAAGGUGAAGGUCCAUCAAUGGAGAAUCCCAAAAUCUCAGCAUACUAUCAAACCAGGCUAGCACACUUCGGCGUCGUCAGCACCGAGUGGCUAGCUCAGGCUCAGUCUGCAACGAAACCAAUCCCAUCAUCAUCAACCGACACAUCCACUGAUAAAGAUGCCAAUUUUUCUGUAAUUGAUGAAUUCAAUAGGUGGCGUAAUCAUCCCGAUUUGGCCGAGGCUGUCGCCGCUAUUCGUGCCCUCGCUGCCGUUAUCAGCUCCAGUAAAGCUUCCACUAUGAUGCAGCUUGAAAUCGAACUCAAAAACGCCUCUGAUACCCUCAAAGCAUGGGAUACAACCUCUAUCUCAUUGACAGCAGCAUCUGAUCUGUUUAUGAGAUACGUUACAAGAACAUCUGCUUUGGAAUUUGAAGACUUCAAUUCUGCAAAAGCUCGUUUGAUUGAGCGUGCUGACAAGUUUGGGGAAAUCUCCUACAAGGCUCGCAAGGUUAUUGGAAUGCUUAGUCAAGAUUUUAUAUUUGAUGGUUGUACCAUUUUGGUUCAUGGUUUUUCUAGAGUUGUCUUUGAAGUUCUUAAACUGGCUGCACAUAAUAAGAAACAUUUUCGGGUCUUCUGCACAGAGGGGAGACCAGAUCGAACAGGUUUAAGGCUGUCCAAUGAGCUGGCCAAGCUUGAUGUACCCGUGAAACUUGUGAUAGACUCUGCAGUGGCUUAUACCAUGGAUGAUGUGGACAUGGUAUUUGUCGGGGCAGAUGGAGUUGUUGAAAGUGGUGGUAUAAUUAAUAUGAUGGGAACGUACCAAAUUGCGUUGGUUGCAAAGAGUAUGAAUAAGCCAGUUUAUGUGGCUGCUGAAAGCUACAAGUUUGCCCGUCAUUACCCUCUCGACCAAAAGGAUUUGGCACCCGCCCUACGACCAGUUGAUUUCGGUGUACCUAUUCCAUCUAAGGUUGAGGUUGAAUGCUCUGCCCGGGAUUAUACUCCUCCUCAGUAUCUGACUUUGCUUUUCACAGAUUUAGGCGUUCUUACUCCAUCAGUUGUUAGUGAUGAACUCAUCCAGCUAUACUUAUAA